AUACGCAGCGUCACUGUUUCCUUGUCACAAGCGUAUAAAUUGCGGCACCUGCAGACAGAGAGACAGUCGCCUCACAGGUCAGACAACACUGAGAGACACUGAGGAGAAGAAGCUCAACGUUCAAUUCAUCCUGCAGCUCAUCCUGCAACUCAACCUGCAACUCGUCCUGCAACUCGUCCUGCAACUCGUCCUGCAACUCGUCCUGCAACUCAACCUGCAACUCGUCCUGCAACCCAUCAUGACGACACUGAUCGUGGUGUUCGUCCUUCUGACAGCUGGAUGCUGCGCACAGACCUAUCAAAACAAUGCACAAGGCUUUUUGUUCCAUAUAUGUCCCAGUAACGAAGCUGUGUCUGGGAUUAAGAGCACCCACGUGGACAGUGAUCGCUUGUGGAAUAUUGGAUGCAAGCCUUUCGUAGGCGUUGCCUCCGCAUGCUCCUGGUCAGGUCCCAUCAAUUUGUUUGAGAAAGAACUCAACUACGACUGCCCGGCCAAUAGUGUGAUCACUGGCGUCUACAGCAAUUACGACCACAACCACGAAGACAGAAGUUGGUAUUUCCAAUGCUGCACUACCGAUCAACUGAUCACAUUCGAGUGCCGGGAAAGCCCGAAGGUGAACUACUUCAACGAAGACUUCAACUGGCGCGUCCCUGGAGACAACUUCCUCACAGGCGUCCAGACCCACAGCAAGAAUAAUGACGGAGAUCAUCGCUGGAGUUUCAACUACUGCAGAGCAAUAAUACAAGAUGGCCAGACAAUCAAUUCACAAAUCCUCACCGCAAACAGUCCAAUAGAAAACCACCUCACCGAAGGAGAUGUCUUUGUCCCAGCAACAAGGAGCGCAAACAUCUGUACCGACUGCAGAUGGCCGAAGUCAAGUGGGCUUGUUCAAGUGCCGUACACCUUAAGUGAUUCCUUCAGCAGCUCCGACAAGGUCACGAUUGAAAAGGCCAUCGAGGAAUUCCACCUGAGCACCUGUGUUCGCUUUGUUCCACGCAUCCUCCAAACCAGCUACGUCAGCAUUGUGAAAGGAGAAGGAUGUUUUUCAGAAGUUGGACGAACGGGAAGUCCUCAAACAUUGUCUCUCGGCGCCGGCUGCAUCAAUAACGGCAUCAUUCAGCACGAGCUCCUCCAUGCACUCGGCUUCUGGCAUGAGCAGAAUAGAUCCGACAGGGACAUUUACGUCGAGAUCCACAGUGACAACAUCGAGGAUGGCAGACAGCUAAACUUCAAUAAACGAGAAACCGACAACCUCAACGUCCCGUAUGAAUACUCCUCCGUGAUGCAUUACGGCUCGAGGGACUUCUCAAAGAAUGGAAGGGAAACCAUCACUCCCAUCAUAUCCACAGCAGCGAUAGGCCAAAGGGUUGGCAUGACAGAAAAUGACAUCCUGAAAGUCAACAAGCUCUACAGCUGCCAGGCGUACCUCCACAAGAACGGCGAGUGGGACAAUCAGCUGGAAGAUGUUCUGAGCCGCCAGUGUGACUCUGACCAAACAGUUUCUGGCAUCACAAGCUUCCACAACAACGACAAAAAUGAUCGACUCUGGGGGAUUUCGUGCAAGGCUUUCGUGGAGACCAGGACUUGCCAGUGGUCCAAUUUUGUGAACGACUACUGGGGAUCAGUGGACUUCAAAUGUGCAGACAACAAAGUGAUUGCAGGAGUCUACAGUGACCACAGCACCAUCCUGACGGACAGAAAAUGGAAGUUUUACUGCUGCAGCGCGACUAAUUUUUCCACGUUCAACUGCAAAGACACACCAGUGAUCAACUACUACGACGAAUACUUCAGCUGGAAAGUCGCCAGCAGCAACUACCUGACGGGAGUGAGAAGCACUUUCGAUAGUCACACCAAAGAUCGCAGAUGGAGUUUCAGCUACUGCCAGGGGACAACUCAGUGAAGCCACUUUUCAAGAGAAGCAGCCGGACGAGAUGCUAACGUGCCAUAUUGGUUACUGUACCAUCUCUGCGUGAGGCCAACUGAAGGAACACUGAGAGGUCCAUGACCACAAAGGCCACCGAGACGUUUUUUUACAAGUUUCGCAUUGGAUGCUUUUGUUUCAUGUAUCAGCUGCAUGAUGUCAUAGUAAGCACGAAGGAUAUCGUCUUUGUGUUUGUUUCUUUGUUAUAGUUUUCAUGAGCACAAUUUUUUGAGAAAAUUGGAAAACUAAAAUCAGUGUACAGAUUGCUAUCAACUGUCCGUCUGCCAUCUGUAAGUUGCAGUGGGAGAUUUAAAAGAGUCUUUAUUAUAAGGCACUUUAUUGUAGCAGCAGCUUUGUAACCGUCACUCGUGGGGUUGUAAUGGCCUGCAUUUAUCAAGAUCAGAAGUGCUGAUGUAAGAUCAUUAAGACAGUGCCCACGGCCCUCUCCUUUCAUAAUGACCUGAACAGAGAGACUGGUCUCAGAGCUGCGCUCCUGCUGCACUGAUGAAGGAGAAACAAGAACCCUCAGUGCGGUGAGAGUGUGUUAAUACAAAGGCUCCAUGAUGUUGGUUUUGUUCGCGGUUCGAGUCUUUAGCUGGUGUGUUUAGCGGCGCUGCAACUGGCGGGGCAGACGGAGCGGUUGGUUUCAUGUCUCGUCGGCCUCCUGGUCUUUUUUCUUCUUCUUUGGUUUGUAAAGUUAAAAACACUUGCAUCACCUUGUUUUUGCGAUCAAUUGCAACAUCUGCGUUUGUUGUGGUUACUCCGCUCUGUGAAUCACCACGUCUCACCUUCCAUUGAUCACAUCUUUUAACCUUUGAAGAUCAAAAUUAAUAUAUACAAAACAAUGAUGACGAUUCCAAGUGACAACAACUUGUCUGAAAAUGGACCUCCCACUUUUUUAGGUUAAUUGACUUCCAUAAGCCUUUUAGCUUAGACUGUACAGAUUUUUGAGGUAUCAACCAUUUAUUUGAAGAUUCUCCAAGAAAUGACUUCAUAGUAAGAAAUAAAUGAAAUAGUACACAAUUUCUGUUGCAGAGGUCAAAAGGGUCGAUUCCUUCAGGUGUUUGACUUUUGAAAAAAGGUAUGACAACACAAACAUGAUGAGAAGGUGAAUAUCACAUUGGGUUGGAUCAACCGUCCUCUGAAACUGAAAAUUCAAACUCUACAUGUUUGAUAUCCUGCUUUUGCUGUUACUAUUGUACACACA